GUCAAUCAGCUGUUUUGGGUGGCGGAUCAAAACAACAAAGAAAAUUGUGCAGAAAAUUGUUUAUUAUUUAAAAUCCUCGCGGAAAAUAUAUUCCCAUGGAUGGGCAUCUGCGCCUGCACAAGGUGGGCGACUUCGCCGCACCGAGUCUCCAGGAGAAGUCCAGCAAGGCGGGUGGCACCAUGGAGCAGCUUUCGGGUGUGAUGAUAAUCAUCAUAAUCAGUGGCGGCGUACUCACCUGCCUGAUGUUGUUCAUCUUCGCCAAGCGUCAGAUCAUGCGCUUCCAGCUGCGAGGACGUCGUGGCCCCCACGUGCCGGUGGGCAACGAUGCCAAAAAGGCGCUGAGGAGGGAGAUUGAGCGGCGCUUGGACUGCAUCCAGAAGAUCACCCAGGAACCGAAGCUGCUAUGGAACGAUGGCGACAAGUACAUCGUUCAACCGGAGCAGGACUCGCCUCCGCCGCCUUACUAUUACCGCAUGAAGGCCGUGGACGAUGUGAAGCUGCUGGAGGCGGAGAUCGCCCGGGCGGAUGGCAGCUCACGACAUGCCCCGGAGAGCCUGAGGGCCUUCCUGCUGACCACUUUGUCGGUCACUUUGAAUGGAGCCGGUCAGAGGAUGAUCCAUCAGUACUGCGAUAUGUACGAGCACGCCCGGCACGAUCCAAAUGAGUUUGGAAAGGAUGAGUACGAGGCGUAUCACCACUUGCUGCUCAAGCUUUUGGAGGCAUCCAAGCAGCUUAAGAACUACAACUCUCGAAAGGCUUCGCCCGCGAGAACUCCACGAAAACAGACCAAAAUGCAUUCCCUACUGGAUCCUGCUCGCCUAAGACCACCCACCACCUUGGAGAAUGUUCAGCCCAGCAGCGAACUCACGACUGGACAGCACGCCAAGGUCAAUUUGACGCUGGGUCUGCAGGGUGGUAGCGGUGGAGGUGGCGAAGGCGAGGCCGAGCUGGCUACCAAUCCGCUCCAUCUACAGGCGCCUUCCGAAAGGGAUCUUAUCAUACGCAAUAGAAUUAAGACUCCCACUUUGGACGACAUUAUCGUAGAGGCGGAUCACCACCUGAGCAGUGAUGUGGGAGUCUUGGAGGACAACGAAAUUAAGAGCAUUUCGUCCAUGCAAUUCCAACGGAACUCCAGCAAUGUCUAAGCUUAUAAGUUUUAGUACUCAGCCAUUUGAAAAAUAUUUGUUAAAUAUCGUUUAUACUUUAAUUUAUGUUAUUUUUUAGUAGUAAAAACCAAACUUUUUGGACAACCCACAUCUUAUACAUGUUCUUCUAAAAGUCUAUUGAUUCUCAA